GGGUAUUUGGAACAAAAAAUCACUAAAUUUACAGCUAAAAUUGGUUAUUCUCAAUGCUGAAUAUUGUAGAUAUUGUUCUUGUUAUGCUUACUGUUAGUUACCAUGUGUGUACCAAUAUCUAGCAUCCAAGUUUGGAUUUCAGUUAUUAGGUAGUUUUGGGUUGUUACUGAGAGUGUUAAGAGACGUGUUGGACAUGUUUGGAAAUCUUCAAAUUGUAAGCUUUUCUUUCAUGCUAUAUCUGUUAACAGUGCAAAUUGUGAUCUGAAGAGUCAAUCAACCAAUUGCUGGCUUUCUUAAAAAUGGUGGUCCACGUAUCCAUAAAGAGAGCUUUACUGGUGUUGAUGUUCUUCUGUAUGUGGGAGUCCAUGGAAGUCCUGGCUAAGAAUGGAAAUGUCAGCAUUUCUUCUUCAAGGCCUCCUGUUGUGAAUCUUGGAGCUUUGUUUACUGUCAACUCAGUCAUUGGACGGUCCGUGAGGCCAGCGAUUGCAGCUGCAAUUGAUGAUGUCAAUUCUGAUUCAACCAUUCUUGCAGGGACAAAAUUGAACCUUUUUUUUCAAGAUACAAAUUGCAGUGGAUUUCUUGGAACCGUAGAAGCUUUUGAGCUGAUGGAGAAAAGUGUGGUGGCUAUAAUUGGCCCCCAAUCCUCUGGAAUAGCACAUGUUCUCUCCCAUGUUGUAAAUGAACUUCAUGUGCCACUCCUGUCAUUUGGGGCAACAGAUCCCAGUCUUUCUGCAUUGCAGUACCCAUAUUUCCUCCGCACCACACAGAGUGACUAUUUCCAGAUGAAUGCAGUAGCUGAUUUGGUCGAGUUUUAUGAUUGGAGGGAGGUAAUUGCCAUCUUUGUCGAUGAUGAUUAUGGUAGAAAUGGGAUUUCUGUAUUGGGUGAUGCCCUCGCAAAGAAGCGUACCAAGAUCUCUUACAAGGCUGCCUUCACUCCUGGAGCCUCCAGAAGUGAUAUUAAUGAUUUAUUAGUUGAAGUAAACCUGAUGGAGACUCGGGUUUAUGUCGUACAUGUAAAUCCUGAUUCUGGUCUAACAAUAUUUUCUGUAGCAAAACAUCUUCAGAUGAUGACCAGCGGCUAUGUUUGGAUUGCUACAGAUUGGCUUCCUUCUGUUCUAGAUUCGCCAGAAUCAGUUGGUACUGAUACAAUGAAUCUCUUACAAGGGGUUAUUGCACUUCGUUUUCACACUCCAGACUCUGAUCUAAAAAGAAGUUUUACAUCCAGGUGGAAUAACUUGAAAUAUAAGGAAACCUCGGGCUUCAAUUCUUAUGCACUCUAUGCUUACGAUUCUGUUUGGUUAAUUGCCCGUGCUCUUGAAGUUUUCUUCAAUGAAGGUGGAAAUAUCUCUUUCUCUGACGACCCCAGGUUGCACAACAUCAGUAGAGACGCACUAAAGUCAACAGCACUCCGUACUUUUGAUGAAGGCAAGAAAUUGCUCCACAUACUUAUGGCAACGAACUUCACAGGUUUGACUGGUCAAAUUCAAUGUGAUCCAGAGAAGAAUUUAAUUCGUCCAGCAUUUGAUGUUCUUAACAUUGGUGGAACUGGGCUGCGCAGGAUAGGUUAUUGGUCAAAUUAUUCUGGUCUUUCUGUUGUUGCUCCAGAAAUCUUAUAUAAGAACCCCCCAAACACCUCAACCAGUAAUCAACAUCUUUACACAGUAAUCUGGCCUGGUGAAACAAUUACAAAGCCACGGGGAUGGGUGUUCCCUGAUAAUGGGAAGCCAUUGCGAAUUGCAGUGCCUCGCCGAGUAAUGUAUCAAGAAUUUGUAGCUAGAGACACGAAUCCCCCAGGGGUGAGAGGAUACUGUAUUGAUGUCUUUGAAGCUGCACUCAACCUGUUGCCGUACCCCGUCCCUCACACAUACAUUUUAUAUGGAGAUGCUCAGAGAAACCCUUCCUAUGACAAUCUUGUGAAUGAUGUCGCACAGAAUAAGUAUGACGCAGCUAUUGGGGACAUUACAAUUGUUACCAAUAGGACUACAGUGGUGGACUUUACACAGCCUUACCUGGAAUCUGGACUUAUCGUAGUUGCUCCUGUCAAACAGAUGAAGUCUAGUGCUUGGGCUUUCCUAGAGCCAUUUACUGUGCAAAUGUGGUGUGUCACUGGGGCCUUCUUUCUUUUUGUGGGAACUGUUGUCUGGAUACUCGAGCAUCGGAUGAAUGCUGAAUUCCGUGGUCCGCCGGGACAACAACUCGUAACAAUCUUUUGGUUUAGCUUCUCAACAAUGUUUUUUUCGCACAGGGAGAACACUGUGAGCACCCUCGGACGUUUAAUACUCAUCUUAUGGCUCUUUGUGGUCUUGAUUAUCAAUUCAAGCUACACAGCUAGUUUGACGUCAAUCCUUACGGUGCAGCAGUUGACUUCACGGAUUGAAGGGAUUGACACUUUGAUUUCAAGCAAUGAUCCAGUUGGAGUUCAGGAUGGAUCAUUUGUGUAUAACUAUCUGAUUGAAGAGCUCAAUAUUGCAGAAUCUAGGCUCAGAAUAUUGAAAACCCAGGAAGAAUAUGUUAGUGCCCUUCAGCUAGGUCCAAAAGGUGGUGGUGUAGCUGCAAUAGUCGACGAGCCUCCUUAUGUUGAUCUCUUCUUGUCUAAAACUGAUUGCAUAUUUGGGACUGUUGGACAGGAGUUUAUGAAAAGUGGAUGGGGAUUUGCGUUUCAGAAGGACUCUCCUCUUGCAGUGGACUUGUCAACUGCAAUUCUUCAUCUUUCAGAGCGCGGUGAUCUCCAAAGAAUACAUGAUAAAUGGUUGUUCCACAGCAAGUGCAACCAACAAAUCAAUGAAGUUGAAGCAGCUCGUCUUUCUCUCAAGAGCUUCUGGGGCCUAUUCCUUAUCUGUGGUAUUGCAUGCUUCCUUGCACUUGCAGUGUUUUUCUGUAGGGUGUUCUGGCAAUACCGCAGAUUUAGCCCAGAAGGCGAGGAUCAGGAGCUUGAAGAGCCUGAACCUGCAAUGGCUAGAUGUACAAUCCCAAGAGCUAGCUUCAGGGACAUGAUUGAUUUUGUCGAUAUGAAAGAAGCUGAGAUUAAGGAAAUGCUCAAAGGGAAGAACGGUGAUAAGAGAGGACAAGCUAGCCAGAGCUCUAUCCAGCCUGGUUCACCUCCCUGAGAAAAAUUUGUUACUGUGAACUGGUGAUUUGUUCCAAUGUCCUUACCCUUGUUGCUUUUAUAUAACACAAUCUAGGACGCUAACACAUACUCCCCAUUUCCACGAUACCAGAAAAAACUAGAUUGAGAAUGUUAUCUAGACAAUCCGCAGAGAGAGAUCGAUCUUGGCUACAUGUGUUACUACUGUUUGUGAUUCAGGACGAUCUCUGUGUUUGCAUUUUUUUUUCACAAAAGAGGAGUUUUGAAGAGGCUGAAGUUUUACAGUUUCUUCUUAGUGGGUUAGAAGAAUGCUACAAGAGCAUUCUGUUUCAGCCUUUCUAAGGUGCCUAACAAACUUAUUAGAAAUAUAUCCUCAAUUCUGCGUACAGAUGGUAGGUCCAUUGAGUAGAAACUUGAACUACAAUUACUAUUUGUAGGGUUCAAAGUUCUUGGACCUCUUAUAUGUAACUCUAAUGCAAGGUCUUGUCAGGAGUUGGAACUCCCGUUAUUCUAUCACUACUUAUGUUUACCCGG